AUGUCUGAUAUAAAGAAAGAUAUUGAUAUUGACACUACGACUGCUGCCGUUGAUAAUAAUGUCGGUGAUAUACAAUUAUCACCACCGUUGUCAACAUCACCAUUACCAAUACAAACUCAUUAUAAAGCGGAAGAAUCAUCUAACGUCGAUGACAUCUUUAAUCAUAUAAUGUCCGAUAUUGAAUUAUUGCAACAAGAACAAAAUGCCGCAAUUUGUAAUGACACCGAAAUUCCGCCACUUGAGACAAUACAUAAGGUACUCGAAGAACAAGAUGACCUGCCGACCAAAUAUCAUCUAUUAAUGCGCGAAUAUACGUCGUUACGAAGAAAAUCUUCAAGUUUAUUCACGACGACGGAAGAAACGAAAAUUCUCGAACCAUCACAAAUCAUCGAAGAUCCACCGAAAAUAAGCCCUUUACAGCCGGCGAAUUUUCAUGUAUUCAGUACAAAAGAUUAUAUCUUAUUUAUGGCAUUUAUUUUUGUGUGUUUAUUCUCUGUGAUGAUGCUUGGAUUUCAUGCGGUAUGUGAGAUGAAGUACAAUUACGAGAAUAAUAAUAGUCCAUUGAUUUUGAUGGGGAGUCCACUUGUUGAAGCUGGAGCGCUAGUACCGGCAGCAAAGGACGCAGAACAUCACAAAGAAGUGAGUAAGGUUAACUAUGGCGCUGAAGUUUAUUAUCCAAUACCAUCAUUGAGAAAAAAUACGCAAGAAACUAGAAAUGGUUGUUCCCUUGAUUCGGCUCAUGCUUACGUCAUUCGGACAACAGUACCAAACGCUGAUAAGCAUAAGUGCUAUUCUUUCUUGUUUUUCCAUUUCUGUACUGGCAAAUCCGGUAACGAGAAUAGCUGGUUUUCAUCUUAA